AUGAAGAUUCUCACUAAGGAAGAAGAGGCUGCCCACUACAGCUCUGUCGUCCGCGGCGGCACUGUCGGCGGCCUCCUCGGUCUAGUCGGCGGCGCAGCUGGUGUCCUCCUUGCUGCCCGACGAUUCCACACCAUCCGCAAUCUGACACUUCCUAUGAAGGCCUUCCUGGUAACAUCGACCGGAACCUUCGUCGGAAUCAUCGCCGCCGACCACGCCUCGCGCGACUUCGAAGCAAAGAAUAACGCUGAGAAGCAAUGGUACGAGAACCGUGAAGAGCGCCUGCGCGCUGAGGAAGCUCGCAGUCUGAGUAUGACCGACCGCGCUAUCGCCUUCGCCCGCCGUGAAAAGUACAAGAUCGUCACUGCUACCUGGAUUGCCUCCAUGGUCGGAUCGUUCGCCCUCGUCAGUCGCAACCCUUACCUCUCUGGUCAGCAGAAGAUUGUCCAGGCCCGUGUGUAUGCACAGGGUCUGACCCUCGGUGUGUUCUGCGCAUCGGCUGCGUUUGAGAUGUCUGAUCGCCGUCGUGGUCAGGGUAUGCUUGAUGCUGCUAAGAAGGGCAAGGGGCAGGCUAAGCGCGACGCUGCUGAGCCCGAACCCGUGCAUAACAAGAACCAGGAGGAGGGCGAUCUGUGGAAGGAGAUGGUUGCUGCCGAGGAGCAGCGCCUACAGUCAAAGCACCAACCCCUGUACCAGAAACACGAGGAAGCAGGCGAGAAGAAAGAGUCUGAAACAGAGUCCGAGUCCGAGUCCAAGUCUGAGGAGGAGGGCAAGGAGCAAGAAAAGGCUCAGCCAAAGGAGGAGUCCAAGGCCAAGGGCACUAAGAAGCAGACUUAG